AUGGCAAAGAAAGUUUCUAAACACAGCAGGGCCGCCCGCAGAGGUGAGAUCAACCUCGAUGGUGAAGCAAAGUCCUUGGCCACGUUGGCCAAGGGAGAGAACAGCGAUGUUCGUAAAUCCAUUAUCAGAACCACCAUCAAGAAUGAAAAUCUUUUAGCGAAGAAGAUGGAGAAUGAUGCCAUCCGCAAAAAGUCCAACAAGAGAAAGACCAGUGCCUUGAAACACAAGUUGGAUAGAAACCUGAAGCUUGACGGUGUGUUGGCCAGCAAGAUUCAGCAGAGCAUAGACCGUGCCAAAUACGUGCAGACGGCAAGAAAGCUGGGCUGGGACCAGAUCAACAAGGGCUUGAAUGUGAGGCCCGUGGAGGAUUUGAAGAAACAGGAUAAGCCAAAGCUGGAGGAAGAGAUGGCGAUGGACGAGGAGGAUGCAUAUGUGGAAGAAUUCUUCAAGGAUACUAAGCCCGAGGAGGAGGAAGCUCAGAAAGCACCAAAGCCAGACCAGAACGCUUUUGCAUUGCUUGAAGAGACCGAGGCUUAA